AUGUCAACAGAAGAGCCAUCAAUACAAUCUUCAGUAACAACAUGUCAUUGUGUUGUUGUUAUGGGUGUUUCAGGUUCAGGUAAAUCAGUAGUUGGAUAUUCAUUGUCAACAUUAUUAAGAUGUAAAUUUAUAGAUGGUGAUGACUUACAUCCACGUGCCAAUAUUUUAAAGAUGGCAUCUGGUCAACCCUUAAACGAUGACGAUAGACUACCUUGGCUGAUUAGACUAAACGAUGUUGCGUUCAGUCUAUCACACAAGAAUGAAAGAGGUGUCUUGGUUUGUUCUGCAUUGAAGCGUAGAUAUCGUGAUAUUCUACGUAAAGACAAUCCUGGAAUCAUGUUUAUAUAUCUGAAAGGAAGUUUCGAAGUCAUACUUGAACGACUACAGGCUCGUUCAGGUCACUUCAUGCCAUCAUCACUACUCACCAGUCAAUUCCAAGCAUUAGAGGAACCCAGUGAAUCCGAAGAGCCUGACGUCCUACAUGUCAAUAUCGAUACUGGGUCAGUUGAAGAAGUUUCAAAAUUAUGUUAUCAAAUGUUAUAUCAAAGGAACUUUUGA